AUGAGAAACUGCUACCAUGAUGGUGUAAAGGCUUCGACACAAUUAAGGUUGGCGAGUCCGACGAUGGAGAAGAUAGGAAUUAGCCGGCGGCUUAUGGUUGCUGACAGUGAAAUCCCAGUGGUGAUGAACUUGGAAGAAAUGGGUCUUCAAAGCAAGCAAAAACUUCUAGCAAGCUACCAUAUCUACCCUUCCAUGCCUUCCCUAGCUUUUCCGGCUACCGGAAACUAUGCUUGGCGGUCAUGUAUCUCAGGUUCCGGUAACUCCGAUCAUGUCAGAGACGUGUCUAUUGGUGGGAAGUCCAUUUCGUCUAAGAAACGAAACAUGGGCGACUUAACCAUCACCAAUGUUGCAAGCAGAUUGCCGGUAGCUUUUCCUUCGCCGGUGAAAGAGUUCGUCCAUGACCGGAAGCUUGCCGCUUGGACAAGCGUCCGGCAAGAACGGUGGGAAGGAGAGCUCCUCGUUGAAGGCGAAAUACCACUAUGGCUGAGUGGGACGUACCUAAGAAAUGGUCCAGGCUUAUGGCACCUAGGAGACUACGACUUCCGGCACCUAUUUGAUGGCUACGCCACCCUCGUCCGCCUUCAUUUCAAGAACGGCCGGCUAAAAAUGGGUCACCGGCAAAUCGAAUCCGAGGCCUAUAAGGCAGCAAAGAAGAACAAUAAACUUUGUUACCGUGAAUUUUCGGAAGCCCCUAAGCCAGAUAGUUUCCUAGCUUAUAUUGGUGACCUAGCUAACCUAUUUUCCGGUGCAUCACUGACCGAUAACGCAAACACCGGAGUUGUCAAAUUAGCCGACGGACGGGUUGUUUGCCUGACGGAGACGAUCAAAGGGUCAAUAGUGAUUGAUCCGGACACAUUGGACACAAUAGGGAAGUUUGAGUACAGUGACUCACUGGGUGGCCUAAUUCACUCGGCUCAUCCCAUUGUGACGGAUACAGAGUUCCUGACCUUGUUGCCGGAUUUGGUGAAUCCGGGGUACAAGGUGGUGAGGAUGGAGCCAGGGACGAAUGAGAGGAAGAUGAUCGGGAGAGUGAGUUGCCGCGGUGGACCAUCACCGGGCUGGGUUCACUCUUUUCCGGUGACCGAACACUAUGUGGUUGUACCGGAGAUGCCAUUGAGGUACUGUGCCCAAAAUCUCCUAAGAGCUGAGCCCACACCACUUUACAAGUUCGAGUGGCAUCCGGAGUCCAAAGGAUUUAUGCAUAUCAUGUGUAAAGCUAGUGGGAAGAUUGUGGCAAGUGUGGAGGUUCCAUUAUUCGUGACAUUCCACUUUAUCAAUGCAUACGAAGAGAAAGACGAGGAUGGAAGGGUGACUGCAGUUAUUGCCGACUGUUGCGAACAUAACGCGGACACAACAAUUUUAGACAAGCUCAGAUUGCAACAUCUCCGAUCAUUUACCGGCAAAGACGUCUUACCAGAUGCUAGGGUUGGUCGUUUCAUAAUACCAUUGGAUGGAAGUCCAUAUGGGAAGUUAGAGGCUGCACUGGAGCCAGAAGAACAUGGGAAGGGCAUGGAUAUGUGCAGCAUCAACCCAGCCUACUUGGGCAAGAAAUACAGAUAUGCAUAUGCUUGUGGUGCUCAACGUCCUUGUAACUUCCCCAACACCCUCACUAAGCUUGACUUGGUAGAGGGAAAGGCGAAGAACUGGUAUGACGAGGGUGCGGUGCCCUCUGAGCCAUUCUUUGUGGGUAGACCUGGUGCAACUGAGGAAGAUGAUGGAGUGGUAAUAUCGAUGAUAAGUGACAAAAAUGGCGAAGGAUAUGCAUUGUUAUUAGACGCAUCCACAUUCGAAGAGGUUGCAAGAGCAAAAUUCCCUUAUGGUCUUCCGUAUGGACUGCAUGGGUGUUGGGUUCCAAAGAAUUAGA